AUGGAACAGCCCAUUCUCGAACCGAAAAGCGGCGCAAUUCCAGUUACCGGUUCAAAUUCUGGUGCUGAGGUCGUCAAACGUCCGGGCCGCGAUGGAAAAGUUGUAUCAGAAAGUGAAUCCCUCUUCGCGGAAGCGCAUGUAAUUGAAUUGACGGACAAUUCUUCGAGCGGCCGGCCUCGUCGGACUCGCGGAACUGUGAUUGGUUCGUGCUGCCAGUACUGCGACUUCACCGCCAAUCUGCCGGCUAUCCUGCUCGCGCAUUUGAAAGACGACCAUCCGGGCCUCAAAGUGCCAAAGCCCGAAGUCAUCGAGCUGGGCGAUCGGUCCUCUAUCCAGCACGGUGCAAAAGAUACCACGGGCGUCGAUAAUGAGACGUUCGUUCGAGUUGAACACGACAAAGAAUUGGACCAGAAAGCCGUCAGCAUGCUCGCCGAGGCCGACGCUCCGGAAAUUGAGAAAACCGCCGAACUUGACGAUACUGUCUACAUCCCGGAGAUCUUUGUCCAUGAGGCCGACAUAACGGCGACAAAUGAGGUGGUCAUCGACGAAUAUAUGGAGAUUGAUCAACUACAUCUCAGCGUGGAUGAGCCCUCCGGAUCCGAAUUUGGCCUCAUCGGCGUCGGCGUCUUCGACGAUGGACGAGACGAAGAUGAGGAAAUCCUUCAAGCGGUCCAGAAGCAGUUCAAGCCAUCUCAUCUCGGUCCGUUGGGCGAUCCAAAUGGACGCUAUCCCUGCUAUAUACAACGGUGCAAAUGGCGUGGCAGGUACCGACAGGCCAGAUCCACCCACAUGCGUAACGUGCACCCCGACUGGAUUCGGCCGCCCCAAUUUGUGCUGGAUCGGAUCUCGCGUGACGGCACGCUGCUCCCCGCCAAUUCUCCGAGUGCCAGAUACUCGUGCUAUAUCGAAGGAUGCCCGUGGAAGGGCCAGUAUCGCGCGAGCCGCACAAAUCACAUGAAGUCACAGCACGCGGGCUGGAUCCCGAAAAGAACUCGCGCUCCGAAUCUCCACUGCGAGGAGUGUAACAAUGUCGUCAGCACGCACAAGUGCUUCGUCGACCACAUGGUCACGCACCACCGGAUCGGCGGCAUCGUGCAGCGCGAGUUGACAAAGGAGGACGAUUAUGAGAGCUGGUUCCACGCCGUCCAGGAGUCGUUCGCCAUCGAUUUCGUCAAGAAGACGGGCAUCAGAAAUAUUCAGGAUCUGCAGGUUCUGUACCUGUACUGCUCGCGCUCGGGUGGCCACUGGCCGGACAGGAACCUCGUGCCGCAUUGUGCCGUUGGAUAUCAACCCCGCUUCGCCAAGGUUCUGCCGCCGCGCGCGAAGGGCGAACGGACCUGCGCAUGCUUUUUGAGGGUGGUUCACUCGGAUGACGGACGUCUGUCGAUCAUCGGCUGCGUCGAGCACACGGGCCAUCGAUUGGGCACGCCGAUGUUGAGGCUUUCCCCAAACGAGCGCGACGCGCUGGACGACUAUUUGUACACGAUGGAUGCGAACGCGGCGCUCGAGGUGAUGAUGGAACGUUUGCGAGAACUCGAAGGCAUCACCAGCCCCAGCUACACGCCAAAAUCGAGGUGCGACGAUUUCCACCUCCAAUUUGUCUCUGCCCCAACGGAGCGUGAAUCACUUCAGAAAUUGCUGACGGAUACGAAAAGAUACCCCGAUGGAACAAUAUUCGGUUUCGAUGGCCCAGGAGCCGCUUCCGAAUUUUCACUAUCCGUUGGCUACAUGGACGAGCAUAUGGAUAACCUGUGGAAAUCGCACGCACACAAGGGUGUUUGCUUUGAAGAGUUCAACCUGGCCCUGGGAAAUUGGAAGCUGCGCAUCACGCUGACGCUGGUGUUCGACGACGACCGGAAUGUACGCGUGGCUGCUCUGUACGUCAGUGACCGCCACGACUUGAAGCCGUUGAUGGAGAAGCUGGCGUCGGUCUGGACCGGCGAGAUCAAGACGUUCGUCAUGGACGGCCCGCAGCGUUCCUUGCAGCUGAUCAAGGACCACUUCUCGACGGAGGGCCGACACAUCGCCGUCAAGUACGCCGAGUGGCAUCUACUCUCCGAUUGGGCCGCCACGCUCGAGCAGCUGGUCACGAAGCGCGUCGACAAAUACAGCAUUCUGUGCGUUCUACGUCGGCUUUUGCACACCGACGACGUCACGGCGUUCGACCAGACCGUCAGCGAGCUGUUCGAGGGGCUGCGGGAGAUGCAGCUGGACGAGAUUGCCCACUUCUUCGACAACCUCUUCGACCCGGAGUUCAUCGGCUUCUGGUCACCACUGGGGCAGGACGUUCUGUUCGGCUACGCGAAUCCGACGUUGGAAUAUGCUUGCAGAAUGCUACGCGACCGCUACAUAGCCUGCGAUCAGUGCAGCCGAAUCGACGAGUACGUUGGAUUCCUGAUUGCCCGGCUCGUUGAGUAUAAUGAGAGCGAGAUCCUACCCCUCGUCGCAUCUCGUGCUCCAGAAGCGUCGACACUUGAUCAAGGCGACGAGGACGAGUGGGGCGAUAGACAUCGAAUUACCCCAAAUGGCGUCCCGAUGCAUACCGGAAAUGCUGACCGGCUUCACCCUCGCACCUUUGAAGAAAUUGUCGUUGGCAGAGGGAGCUCGAACCAGAUGGAGCAUUCUAAUAACAACGAUCAAGAGCUACAAAAGACGCCUGUUGACACCGAUCUCCCUGCCCUCGAACGGGUCCAACUUGUCGAGGAGGUGGUGGAGGAGGAGAUUGAGCUCUCCGAGGAGCAGGCUCAGGUUUUCGAGAAGCUGGUCUUCGACCGCCAGCUCAAUCCCGAGGAGCAAGAGCGGCUUUUCCUGCAGCUCGCCGGCGUCAGGGAGGCCGACUUUGUUUUGUCGAGGGAUCCAGCCGUCACCCAACGAAGUUCAUCUACUUCCGACCGGCUCAUCCCA